AUGACGGACGACCUGCAAACCCGUCGAAUUGAGCGAGUCACGCCAUCAUCCACUCUCACUGACCCCCAUAUAACUUUUGACGGCAUCCCACUUCGUGAUUACAACAUCAGAUGGCUGAGGAACGCUAUAGGUGUUGUUCAACAGGAACCUGUGAUUUUUGCAACAACAGUUGCAGAAAACGUCAGGAUGGGGGACUGUUCCUUGACAGACAAGGACGUAGAGGAAGCUUGCCGAAUGGCCGAUGCUCUCGAUUUCAUUAAGGAGCUUAGCCAAGUGAGUUUAUUACUUGAAAACUUUCAAGAAAACAAAGAAAUAAGCUUCCAGGGCUUUAAUACAAUUAUCGGUGAAGGCGCUGUACAACUGUCUGGAGGUCAGAAACAACGUAUUGCCAUCGCUCGUGUUCUGGUUCGAAAGCCAGCGAUUCUGAUUUUGGAUGAAGCUACUAGUGCUCUGGACUCAGAAAGCGAACAUGCGGUGCAGAAAGCACUUCAUAACGUUAGUUUCCCAAAAUAUAGAAAAUCACUGAAUGAACAUGCAUUUCUCGAUAAAGGACGUGUAGUCGAAAUUGGUAAAACACUCAUUACUUGUACUCUGCGUUGCGCGCUUGACAUGCUUGUUGAAGGAAGUCAUGAAGAAUUAAUGACAAAAGAGCAUGGAGUCUACCGCGGGAUGAGGAAAGCUCAGAAACUUGCCAGGGAGCAAGAAGAUACAACUUCGGAUGCUUUGAUUUAUUUGAAAGAAGAUACGGAUAAAAAGAAUAAAGCAUCAAAAGAGGAGACUGGGGCAAAUCUUCGACAUAGGAGAGAACCCGCUGUGAAAGCUCGACAAAUGCAGAUCAUCACACCGGAGGAACCUUGUUGGGAAAAUAGGAACGCACGCUACAAAAUGCUAGUAGAUAAAACUUCAAACGCUUCUCUCCGCGAUAUUCUGUUAUACGCGAAACCGGAACUUCCAAUGGCGUUUGUAGCCCUAAUUAUCACUUUAUUGCGUGGAUGCUCAUGGCCAAUAUUUUCUGUAAUAUAUGGAAAGCUAUUCAUGGUAAGCUUCGAUUGCCACAGGCUGCCGCAUUUAAGUUUGAGGUAAUU